UAAAAAUGGACGUCAUCAACAAAUUGUACUCCACUGUUUCGCAAACAGUGUCACAAAUAUCAUUGGUAUUGCCAGGCAAUCCUGUUACAAGAGAAUACGAUGUUCUAAAACAUACGGCAAGUGCUGGUAGAGUACUAAUCAACAUCGCUUGCUGCUAUAUACACUCUGCUGCUGGUUCCCCCCCGGUGGCUGCAUUUUCAGUUUUCCUUUUUGAUGAAGAAUCCUCACGGGUGCGUUUGGAAGAUUUACAAUGGAGUCAAAAAGUCCACCAGGGAGGAAGCGUCGAUUUUUUUGCUGGAAAAGAAACAAUUCGAACUAUACGCAAAAGAUGAAAAGGAAGUAAUUUUCAACAUAAUUAGAAAAGGGAUUUUCCAGAUCACUAAGUUGCGGCACCCACUUGUGCUGACGGUGCAAACUCCGUUGGAAGAGAGUCGCGAAAGUUUUGCGUUUGCUACUGAACCCAUUUUCGCUAGCAUGGCUAACAUAAUCGGAGAAUCCAUUCCAAAUUCUGUCGUGUCGGAAUUGAUGAAUUAUAAGCUCCACGAUGCUGAAUUAAAAUUUGGCAUUUUGCAACUGUUUGAAGGUCUCAAUUUUAUUCAUAACGAGGCCAAGUUGAUUCACAGGAAUAUUUCCCCGCAUAGCAUUUUACUGAAUACCAACGGAGCUUGGAAACUGUUUGGCUUUGACUACAGCGUCAGCAGUAGCGAAAAUGAAUUUGAAUGCGAUUUCUACGAGAACAGGAAUACAAAUAUUCUAAGUUUCCCAGAUUUAAACUUUGUUGCACCAGAGUGCAUACUCAACAACAAGUGUACUAGUCGCUCUGAUUAUUAUUCAAUAGGAAUGUUAAUUUGCGUAAUUUAUUUAAAAACCUGCAACCCUUACAAGUCCCGAAAUAACGACAUCAGCGAUUUUAAAAUUCGAGCUGCAAAUUUAAGCACAUCCAAACACCCCAUACUUGAAAAAGUUCCACCUAUCGUUCAAGGAGUGGUGGAACCAUUGCUAUCCUUCAACCCUGAACAACGACCUGAUCUUCGGCAAGUGGCGAAGGAUCCCUUUUUCGAUGAUAUCGGGGUGAAAAGUUUGAACUAUUUAGACACCCUGUUUCAAAGAGAUAACCAAGAAAAAGCUAAAUUUUACAAAGGUUUGCAACAAAUUAUAAACAAGCUGCCUGCUCGAAUGAACAUAAACAGAAUUCUUCCCUAUUUGACUAAAGAGUUUGUGAGCCCCACCAUGAUACCGUUCGUUUUACCAAAUGUUUUUUCGAUAGCUAAGUUGUGCAAUCAAGCCGAGUUUGAGAAGCACAUAUUUGUUCACCUGAAAUCGAUUAUGAGUUUACAAGAGCCCGUUCAGAUUCUACUGAUAUUUAUGCAGAACAUGGAGUUGAUGCUAAAGCUGACGUCGCCAAACGACGUUAAAAUGUACGUUUUACCAAUGAUGUACAAAGCACUAGAGUCCAAUUCAAGCCAAAUUCAAGAACUUUGUCUAGAAAUAAUUCCAUCCUUUGCCUAUCUCGUGGACUUCCAGUCGAUGAAGAACUCACUGCUACCUCGAAUUAAACAUAUCUGCAACUCGAAUGGUUCAACGUCUAUGCGCGUAAACUGUCUAUUGUGCAUUGGAAAACUAUUGCCGCAUCUGGACAAAUGGGUUUGCCUUGACGAGAUAUUACUGUUUCUUCCGACCGUUUCGUCACGAGAGCCGGCUGUUAUAAUGGCGCUUAUUGGAAUCUUCAAAGUAGCUGCAAACCACGAAUUGCUCGGCAUACCAAAAGAGUUUUGCGUUCGGAAAGUGUUACCUUUUUUAUGGCCGCUGUCGAUAGAAAACGGUCUUACAUUACAACAAUACAACACCAUUAUGGCAUUUAUAAAAGAUUUGGAAAAAAGAAUUGAGACCGAACAUAAAGCAACAUUGCAACAGCUGGAUACUGAAGACACUAGUGCAUUGCCAGUUGCUUUUGAUCAGCGCCAAGUCGAUGUUGUUCCGACAAAUUUAACCAUAAACAAUAGAGAUAGCAAGAGCGUCGCAUCUGUUAGGCCUCAAACUUCCUUGACUUCCACUACGACCACACAACCGCUGGGCUAUCCAUCACUACAUCCAACACCUAAACAGACUUCUCCACCAAUUAUGGACAUGUUCGGUAGCUGGAGUAUGAACGAUACUUCGAAUCAAGCUCAACAACGGCCUCUGCUGGUUUCUGCAAAUAAUAAUUUCCCUGGCAGUUUGAGUGCCAACUAUUUAAAUAAUAAUGGUUUUGGUUCAUCGAGUAUGCCUCUUGCAAUAGAAAAUGCCUCGAACAAAUUUCAAAGACCUUUAUUGGCGAACUUGACUAAUCCAGACAAAUUGAACACAAAUUAUAAGCCUAAUAAUGGCAAUGGUUCAUCGAACUCUAUUCUGACUAAAGAAGACAUCCUUGAAUUUUUGAAAUAAUCAAAUCACUAGAUAGAAAAUAAUGUAUUAAACAUUCAUGUACAUUCCGCUUUAUAUAUAUAUAGCAUUUUGAAUUUAUUAAAA